UUGCAAUCGGUGGAUAGGCUAGCUAUAUGACGACAACGACGGACACUCCCGUGCCGUCAAAGGCGACUGCAUCUUCGUCUUCUCCGACAGUCAAGACUGUGAAAGCGUACACUCCUCAGCUAGCGCACUUGACGGGCUGUCCGCUUCGGGAGUCGAUGAUCCACUUUCUAGGCAACUUGCGGUCACUCGACUCAUGGAAAAAGGAAGAGGAGGAGCUGGCGCCGCAGCUGGCCCACCUCGACCUGACCAACUCGCCGUUCGUGAAGAGCCCCAUGAGUCGGUCCAGUGACAUCCCUCGGCUGCUCGAGUUCAUGGCCGAGUCGGCCGUGCAAAUGAACUUUCUCAUCCGGCUGCCAUCCAUCGAGCGGUGCCUUGCGGAAUGGUAACCAUGACGACGGAGAUGCUCGCUCUCUCAACUACAUUCGAUCCUUUCGUUGUCGCAGGUGGCAGGUCAUCGCCCCCGGCACCGCCACCCUCGUAACCCCUCCCAUGCUCACGACGUUGUACACGGGGCUGGCGUCGGUGAUGUUGGAGGCGCGGACUCCCAACUUGCAACAAAGUGGGGUGAAGAUCCUCAUGCGGUGCAAAUGGUGUAAAUGGGACAAAUGGGUGGCGACGGCCGACCCGCCGCUCACCGAGACGGACGUGCAUCAGCUCGUGUUCCAGCUCGGGUACAUGUGCGUGCAGUCGGACCUGCUCCACGACUACACGGCGUUCUUCCGCACGACGCUGCACAAGCUGACAGUGUACUUGGACAAGCACGGCGGCGCGUCGAAAGCGAGCAUCUCGGAACGAAGAACCAGCCGCCUCCAGCGCUUGGAGUCCCGGCGACGGCAGUCCAAUUCGAUUGUGCUCCAUCCUGUGGGUAAUGGCGGAUCGAGCUCGUCAUUAUUGUCGUCGGCAUCGGAUCAUCCAUCGGCCAACAGCCGUGGAAGUGGCGACAACGACAGCAGUCCCCUCAGUCGAAUGUCCAGUGGCCUCGUGGUGCCGAAAAUGAUCCCCAUGACCAUCACCCAGUUCCAACAUCUGCGCACCAACCACGUGUCGUCGCAGGUGCUGGUCGCCGACUUGGGGCUGCUCCUGCCUCAGUUUCAGAAUAAGUUCCACGUCGUGGAGACCAUGGCGAAUUCGAUCCAGCCCCUUGAGUACGCCCCGCCCCUGCGUAUUCAUGCUGUCCCUUGGAUGAACCCCAAGGCGAGCUAUAACCCACCCCCGGCAGACCACCAGGACCCCUCCGCCCUUGACGCGAGUCAGUUGGGUAGUGGCACGACGCUGGGUGACAUCGAACGCCUCGUAAACCACUGCACGCGAGCCAUGCACCGGUCAAGCCUGCGACUUGAUGGAAACGCACGAACGAAUCAACAACAAGGACGCAACGACGACGAGCUCUUAAGACGUAGCAUGUCCAACCCAUCGUUGCGACAGCGGCUACAGCAGCAGCAGCAGCGAGGGGGAGCCCUGACGUGAGCACUGCAGUGGUAUACUAUUUAUUGCUUUACCCCCAACGCCACGAUGGCUUGGGUUUGAGUUUACGCACGUAGAUGAAAACACGAAGGCACUACAUUCUGUUCGUUCAGAUAGCCCCCAUGUGAAAUAUACCACUCACGACGUAGCUAGCGAGGCCAGUCCUGCGAGUACUGUAAUGGUAGUAGCUGCGUCUGGA